AUGGAUUUCUCGAGUUUUGGGGAUGAAAAUUGGGAUUUGCUGACUUGGGUCAAUUCCGCUUUCAAGGAUGUUACAAAAGAGAAGCGGGAUACGUAUGCCGCGUCACUUCUUACCAAGCUACAGCUUGUAUCUCAGGACAUUUCAAAAACGAUCGAAGAAGCAGCUGAGCAAGGCGCUCAAGCAGUUCCAAAAGCAGCUCGGGAGCUAGAAACCGUCCGGCAAGAAGCAAACUUCCUCAAGCGCCACAUGAACCAAGUCAAAGAGGGACUAGAAGACGUCGAGCAAAAGACGAAUUCUUCCAUUCAAGUUCUCUUUUCGAUUGACCAGAUCAAAGAGCGAGUGGAAAGUUCUGAAGCGUCGUUGAAAAAGGUCGACAACUGGGCUCAAAUAACGCAGGAAGCGGAGAAUGCUUUCACGGAACAGGAUUUGAAGACGAUUGCGGAGAAGAUCGCACAGUUGGACCAGUCGAUUUUGAUCUUUCAAGGCGCGCCAGAUUACGGAGAAAAGCAGAAACUCUUGGAUACUUUCAAAAACCGACUUGAAGCCACUCUUAGUUCCAAAGCGAUCCAGUCGACGAAAACUCACGAUGUCCAGGCGGCGAAAGAAACGAUUCAGCACUUUGCAAGCAUCGGCCGCGUCUCUCAAUUCGAAAGCUACUACAUCAAGACCUCCAGAGCGAAGUUCAAGGAAUCUUGGGAGCUGACUGAGCAGUUUGAUCGAACAACGACGCUGUAUGAAAAUUUGGUGCAGAAAGCAGCCGGCGAAUUGAGCUUUAUCAAUGCUGUUUUCGGAGAAGAAAACGCAGAAAAUAUUUUGAUCAAGAGCUAUGCCGACAUUUUGAAGAACUUGCCGAUAAAGGAAGCGAUCAAGGACUUGAUUGAUGAAAAUGAUCCAUCGAUGUCAAUGGAGAAAAUCUCCGCGCAUCGUCUCGCUGCGGAGCAAUUCGUUGAAAAAAUGCAAUCCUUCCUCGACAACUCCAAAUCUCCCAUCGCUUCUUCCAACAUUCAAAACUUCGUUCAAGUCCUUUGGGUCCCCUACGGUGCAGCGAUCAUUGCGUUCAAAGAUUUGAUGAGUGCUACUCUAGCAGCUAGAGUUUCGGACCUGAGAAUGGAUGGUGAUUCCAUGGCGCUUCUUGAGAACAUCAGCAACGCGACAGGCCAUCUUGUCGAAAUGCACAAUUACGCCAUUGAGACAUGUAAAGAGUCCACUGGCUCUCUCGGCCUUCUCAUGCUCGCCGAGGCCAUCGCCGUCGCGCAUAAAAAGCUGACUGAGCGGGCCGUUUCAGCCAUUGAAGACGCAAAACUCAGAUCAAGAAAAGAAGAAACUGAGGACAUUUGGCCGUUCUUUGCGACGAGUCUUCAAAUGCUCGAGCGAUUCGGUCCUUGGAUAAAAGAACUUGAUCGAUUAGAGAGCGUUUUCCACGAAGAACUGUACGCCAUCGAGCGAUUUUCGUCCGCUUCUAUGAUGAACAAGGAAAGCGAAGAAGAUCCUUGGAAUUUCAACAUUCUUCGUCUCUGCGCUCCGAAGAACUUCGGUGAGCUGCAAGGCUUCAUCGACCAGAGCAUUUCAAAAUCAUCGACUCUUCUUGCCGAUUCCAACGAAAGUUUCGCGCGACUCGCUCAACUUACAACCGAUGUUGCUUUCGACACCGCUUUUGUACCGAUCAGAUGUUCUUUCAAAUCACUAGCGGCCAUGGAUUUGUGGAACAAAGCAGAAGCGCCUCUUCCAGAAUUCGGCUACUCCCCGAGUGAAGAAAUCACGCAAGUAGGAGACGCUCUUCUGACAAUUCCACAGCAUUUGGACCCGUUGCAAGCCGAUAAUUCCGAUCUAAAACGCGCGGUAUCAUGCACCAAGCUUCCGUAUACAGAAAAUCUUCCAGAUCUACCAGAUUCGCCUGAAAACACGGACGAGGACAUUUUCGAGCAUCAUCACGGCGCUGGAGCCUGGCUGGCUAAUGCUGGUCAUGGAGCGUGCAAGUUAUUCAUGGAGCAAAUUUUCAAAAUCCCUGAACUGUCCGAAUGGGGCCGACUCCAACUUGUCUGCGACCUCCGAUACCUUGAAUCCGUUGGUGACUCUCUCGGAGUAGAAAUCUCCGAAGAAUGGACAGCUCUUGUCCAGUUACUUGCUGCUAGCAACGACGAUUUAGAUCAAUUAGCAUCUACUGCGCCACAGACUAUCGCUGAUAAAGUUUACAAGAUGCGAAAGAGUCUUAGUCAAAAAGAAUAG